CUAAAGCAACACUUGUUUAUUUAAUCGAUAAACGCUUUUAAACGCGGAGAAACCAAAUUUCGGAUGUUGUCAAUUUUGGCUUGCAAAUAAUUUUUAAUAAUGGGUGGCAAAGGUAAAAAGAAACGUAACAGCAAAGAUUCCACUUCGAGUAAUAAUGGCGGUGAAGAGGGAGAAAAGAAAAAAGAUAGUAAAAAGAAGAGUAACAGCAACAAAUCGCUGGGAUGCGACAUCUUCAAUGAUGUAGCCAUGGAAAAUGCCUAUUAUGUGUGUCAUAAUGUACAGAAUUUAAACUGCUUAAAUUUUAUCAUUAAAGCUUAGUAAGCAGCUCUCAAUAAAACCAAAAAUUCCAUAUAAAACGACACUCAAGAAAUGGCUAUGAAAUCUUCCUGCAUCAAAUUUCCUUAAGGCCGUACCGCAGUUCUUAAGAAAUUUACUACGCUUUCUACUACAGUUUUCUAAAGUUUCUUUUUUUUUUAAGAAAAAAGAGCGAUCUUGCAGAGAACUUUUCAAUUUGCAAAUGCCGAAAAAAAAAUAUUUGCUUAGUAAAUGAAUUCAAAAUUUGUAUGGCUCACUUCAUUUCAAACGUUUUUUCUUUUG